AUGACGAAGUACUGUGAAGUGCAGCCGCUUAUCCCCCCGGAGCUCAUCGACGACAUUGAUGACGUUCUUUCGUCGAUACGGCCUGACAACGCGUAUGAUAUAUUGAAAUCUGCCAUUGUCUCGCGCACGACGGUUUCGGAGCGAGCGAGGAUACAGCAGCUCCUUACAACUGAGGAGCUUGGUGACCGCCGUCCGUCGCAGCUCCUGCAUCGUAUAAGACAGCUCCUGGGAGAUCGAUCAGACGACCACUCCGCGAUCCUCCGCGAGCUCUUCCUCAACCGACUUCCGCAAGAUGUACGACUCAUCUUGGCUGGGAACGACUAUGUUGCCUUAGACCGUUUGGCCGACCUCGCUGACCGCAUCACAGAUUAUGCUUCAGCCGGCGUGGCAACAGUGCGUUCCCCUACCGCCGCGCCGCCUCCGGCGACUAGCGAACUGGAAGGUGCCAUUGCCCGUUUGGCGGGGGAGAUGGAAAAAUGUCAACGCAACUCGCUGAUCUGCAAGCAAGUCUUCACGGCUAAACUCGGAGGCCCCGAUCGAGCAGUCGCCGACGCCCCUGCGCAUCGUCGCAGCAGCGUACCCAGAGCCCCAGUACUGCUGGUAUCAACGACGCUUCAAACACCGUUCCACGCGUUGCCAAGCCUCCUGCAGUUGGCAGGAAAACUCUACGGCCGGUCAGUAAGGGCGGCAACCGACCAAGGCCCCCGACCUGUCCGCCUUCUGUAUGUCAGUGAUCGAAUCGGAAACCACCGUUUUCUUGUGGACACUGGCGCACAAGUCAGCGUUAUACCCGCAAAACCUUCCGACAAGAAAGUUCGUCCGGGUCUCACGCCAGCACUGCAAGCUGCGAACAGGUCCACCAUAAGCACAUACGGUCUACGUUCCCUCACUCUCGUUAUCGGCUUACGCAGGACGUUCAGGACGUGGAGCACCCGAUUCUUGGGGCAGAUUUCUUACAUUUCCACAAUCUCGACGUCAGCAUAA